AUGACGGGCAAAUUGAUGAUUUCGGUCCUCGUUGCCGUGCUGGCUGUCGUACACAGCGCUAGUAUUUUAGACUUCCUUGACUGGGACGAUGGUAAAAAACUGAUUGAAGUACCAGAGCAGCGUAACACACAACCCAACCGAAACUGUAUGUGUAAAGGUCCGGCUUGUAUUUGCUGCGUGGACUUCAACAUAACCUUUGUUGAUCUCGGUGGCCCAGGAUGUGUUCAUAUGAAAUACCUUUCUCCAGAAGAUGGUUUUUCGGUGAAGGUAUCGUAUGGAAAAAGUCUAAUACACAGUUCAAAGAUUCAAGGUGCCAAUCCCGCUCCAAUCUGUCUGCAAGUAUUCGGGAAGUUUGCUCAAGUCUGCGCUAAAUUUAACGAUUUAGCCCCAACUGCGGACGGUCUGCGUGGUUGCCUUGAACUUGGACCUAAAUUGUUUGGAGAAACACAACUUCAAUUUCCAAUUGGAUGCUUUAAGUCAACAGCUAGUGGAAUGGAGAUGGAGGAUCCACCAGCUGAGACUGAAGAAGUUACAACAGAAGAAGACAGUGCUUCGGAAGAUACUAACGAUUCUACUGACUUCGACGCAGAGUCGUUCCUAUUGGGCAUUUACCAGACGGCCGAGCAGGGAAUGGCGCUCUUGAGUAGUCUACUCGAUAUCCAGAGACAAAACGCAACAUCGCCAACAACGACUAGUACUCAAAAACCUGAACAGAAAAGAGCCCCAAAGAAUGUGAAACAUCCUAAUCUACUGUGA